UACGAAAUAAUUAAUUCAAAAAGUUUUAAAUUAUCCGACAAGAACCAGAAGUUAAGUAUACAUUCAAAAUGUUCGCCGAAGCUGAUAGUAUUCCUAGAGCAAAAUAUGGCAAUAUGAUGCAUUCUGAUCCGAAUCUCACCUCCACAACGACUCAACAAACAGAGGAAGAGUACGGCGUACGCAACAGCAGUGCAUCUGCGGUUGGCACAGGCAUGUACGAUAGAAUGAGCUGCGAAGGUUCUCCAAUGAUGAUGUCUCCUUGGAACCAAGCGAAUCCAUUUGCUCAAACCCAAUGGUCUAACGUUGAAGAAAAUCUACCUCAGAACGGCCUUAUUGGCUCGCUUGUUCGCGAAGAAGGCCACAUCUAUUCUUUAGCGGCCACGAAAGAUCUUCUCUACACCGGUUCCGACAGCAAAAACAUACGCGUGUGGAAGAAUCUGAAGGAGUUCAGCGCAUUUAAAUGCAACAGUGGGUUGGUAAAGGCCAUUGUGAUUUCAGGGGAGAAAAUCUUCACGGGUCACCAGGACGGUAAGAUCCGCGUUUGGAAAGUAUCUCCAAAGAACCAAAGCUUGCACAAACGGUCUGGCACGCUGCCUACUCUGAAGGAUAUUUUCAAGGCCUCUCUCAAACCGAGAAACUACGUUGAGGUGAAGAAGAACCGCACCGCGCUUUGGAUCAAGCAUGCAGAUGCUAUCUCUUGUCUGAGCUUAAAUGACGAACAAGGGCUGUUGUAUUCAGCGUCGUGGGAUCGAACCAUCAAGGUGUGGAGAAUCUCUGAUUCGAAAUGUCUAGAAUCGAUCCCAGCUCACGAUGAUGCUGUGAACUCAGUGGUGUCAACAACCGAAGCGAUUGUUUUCUCCGGAUCAGCUGAUGGAACAGUAAAAGCAUGGAAACGUGAGCAAAAAGGAAAAUACACAAAACACACGCUCAUGCAGACGUUGACAAAGCAAGAAAGUGCAGUCACUGCUUUGGCUGUGAGUAAGAAUGGUGCUGCUGUGUACUUUGGUUCGAGUGACGGUUUGGUGAAUUUUUGGGAGAGAGAGAAGCAGUUGAACUACGGUGGUGUUUUGAAAGGACACAAGCUUGCUGUUCUUUGCCUUGAAGUUGCCGGCAGCCUUGUCUUUAGUGGAUCUGCUGAUAAGACAAUAUGUGUGUGGAAGAGAGAUGCAAAUAUUCAUACAUGUCUUUCUGUGCUUACUGGUCACACAGGUCCUGUAAAAUGUUUGGCGGUAGAAGCAGACCGUGAAGUGUCGGAACAUAAAGACAAAAAAUGGAUUGUAUAUAGUGGAAGUCUGGAUAAGUCGGUAAAAGUUUGGGGAGUUUCAGAAUCUUUCAUUGACAUGAACCAAAUCGGCAUGAUGCACCAGCAACAACAACAACAGGUCAUAUCGCAUUCGGAGCCUUUUAUGUCCGAGGGCAGUGUCUCUUCGUCCACUGGUGGAGCCAGCAGUCAUCGGAGACAUUAAUCACGGUUUGUGGUUUAUUGCCCAAAUAACAAAGCUUGGAUGAACU